GGUCACGUUACAUCAUGCACAGAAACAUAUUCUCAAUGAGUUGGCACCGAGGCGUCGAAGGCUUUAUGAUCUGCAGCCUCUCACACACAAGUCGUCAGAUGAUGAAGUCGCUGCUCGUGACCGAUUCUAGUUGAAGUGGUCUGAUGGAGAUAAAAGCUGCUGCAGCUCAGGAUGAUGUCGUUCCAGUGACCGGCUCCUGAAGCAAAGACUUUAUAUUGUGACCUGUGCUAAACGUUUCCUGAGACAUCUGGCAGAGAUGGGUAACGGAAUAAACAAGGUCCUGCCUAAUCUUUACCUGGGAAAUAUUAAAGAUGCUCGAGACAAGGAGCUGCUGGCUCAGCACAACAUCAGCCACAUCUUGUCGAUCCACGAUACAGCUGCACCCGUCCUGGAGGACAUGAGGUACCUGUGCAUAUCUGCUGCUGAUCACUCCAAGCAAGACCUGACUCAGUACUUCAGAGACAGCAUCACCUUCAUCCACGAGUCUCGACUGAAGGGAGAAGGCUGCCUGGUUCACUGUGUGGCGGGCGUGUCCCGCAGCGUGACCCUGGUGGUGGCCUACAUCAUGACGGUGACGGGCCGCGGCUGGGUGGAGGCGCUGGCGGCGGUGAGGGCGGCCCGGCCGUGCGCGGGGCCCAACCUGGGCUUCCUGCGGCAACUGGAGGAGUUUGGAAACACAGAGCUGACAGAAUAUCGAGCGUCGUGGAAGGAGCUGUACGGGAAUCAAACGUUCAACGACGAGGAGGAGCUCGCCGCUCUUUUGACCCGGAAAUCCACCUGCAGCGGCGGCAGCAACGCCAUAACAACCAGCAUCACUCCUGCGGCGGCCACAAGUCGAACCUGAAAACAAACCGUCUCCUCUCGUCUGACCUCAGCUGCAGCAGCCGAGGAUCGUGGGCACUGACCUCUGACCUCUGACCUCUGACCUCACCGAGACCAGAGCGGCUGGUUCCACGCUUCGUGGUCGAUCCUGCAGAGACAAACAAAAACAGGAACACUCGAAAGUUCGGUCUCGAACCUGUGUUGAACGGUAUUUUACCAGAAACACUCUGCAGUCAAGUGACGAGGGGAUUUUUCUUUAAUGUCCUCGUCUCCUGUCCCCUUCGUCAUGUCUUCGCCACUAACUGUCAAAAUAACACGCUCGGGCAGUCAAGCGGGACAACAAGGAAACAUACAGUCCACAGUGUGAGCGCACGUUCAGCAGCCCCCCCCCACUCAGUUCUGUUAUGCUGUGUCUGCUACUUGAAUUAUGAGUAUUUAGUUUCUACACAGUGUGAAGCCGUGAAACACUGAAUCUCACAGUAUCUGAGGGUAAAGGUUUGUUUGUGUUGUUGGAAAAUCUAUAAUAGAAACUGAAUAAAUGCAACGAAAACCAGGAUUCACAUAAACAAAACACAAAUAUCAACGAUUCACACGAACAAUUUCUGCUCCAGGAAACAUCAACAUGUUCAUUUGUUUUAAUUAUGAAUCAACGUGAGAGUUUGUUCAUCAACUGAAUCUUUCAGCAGCGAAGGUUCACUGACAAAUCUACAAUUUAGAUCUGAAGGGGAAACUAAUUAUUAACGAGAAAAGAAAAAUAUAUUAGUAAGAUCAUUAUUUAAAAUCUUUGGAUGUGAAAUACUGGAUAAUUUCGGGUAUUUACACUUUUUAUUUAAUGAUUGAAAUAAAGUGAGAGAGAAGCCUUUGAGUUGUUUGGUUGGAAGAAGUAAAGUAAUUUAAAUUAAAGUAAAAGUAGAAAAACCACAAAGUGAUAAUACUCACGUUAUAUAUGUUUAAAACAGUAGAAUUAACAGUAAUAAUAAAAUGUAAUAAUAUAUGUUUUUAUUUCAGAAGCAGGAUUUCUGUCUGUCUCUGAGUGUUUUUAUGUGGUUUUGAUCAUUUUACUUUAAUAUUCUGUGACCAGUUCAACCUGAAAACUACUUUCACCUCUUUUUGUUUGUUUAAAGUUUGUUUAGUCCAACGAAGAUAAAACCAUGAAAGUGAAUCACACCUCAAAUAAAAACAACAUUAAACUGCUGCUUAUUGUAAUGAUCCAUUAAUAAAACACCUAACAUGGGGGUUGUACUUUAUUAGUUCUCAUACCUGAAGUACUUUUCUUGAUGAUUUUACUCAGAUACUUUACAUAAAUAUAAAACUAUUGUACUUUUACUUGUCAGUGUUAAUCCAUUACACUCACCUGAUGAUAUCUGACGUCUUCUUUCAAAUUAAACCCUGCUCAGAUUUAACACAUCAGGCUCAUGAUAAAAUUAUUAUUUAUUUUCUGUGCUGUGUGAAUUGUGUAAAACUGACAAUAAAGAUAAUUUAUCCAUGAAA